AUGACUACCACGAAACUUGAGCUUCGCACAGCCCUCGGGCCAGUGUACCGCGAUGUCCUGCUUGAUCCGCCUCGAGAUUGCACGGCUGAGGAAAUACCGGUAGUCGAUCUGGCGCCAAUGUUUUCUUCCGAGCUGGGUCAGCGAAAGAAGGUCGCACGGCAGAUUCACUCAGCAGCCGUCAACACUGGCUUCUUCUAUAUCAAGAACCAUGGAAUCUCCCAGGAGACUAUCGCCAGAGCAAAGGAGCAAGGACUGGCUUUUAUGAGACAGCCUAUGGACAAAAAGGACUUGAUAUCUUCUAGGAAACAUAGCAAGUACUACAAUGGCUAUUCCGGUGCAAUGACCACCAAUAUCUCUCCAAGUGAGAGUGUCGACGUCAGAGAGUCGUUCUCUUUUCGAUAUUCCCCUGAACUUGAUCCAGACCACCCAGCGAAUAUUUCUGAGAUACCAGAGGAAGUAAGGCCGUGGAUCAGAGGUGAAGACUUCGUUUGGGAUGGUACGUCGCAUCUGCUGGAUUUCAAGAAGGACCUUGUGGCGUACUGGUCGAGUUGCUUGCUAUUGGCUAGAAAGCUAGUCGGCGCCUUCGCUCUCUCCUUGGAUUUAGAAGAGAGCUAUUGGGAUGAUAAGGUGACGCACCCAGGCGCAGAUUCUGUGUUCAAUUAUUAUCGUCCAAGGAGCGAGCAAGAGAUUAGAGAGGAUUUCGUCGGUCUUGGUAGUCAUACCGACUUACAACUCUUCACUUUAUUAUGGCAAGACAGCAUAGGUGGAUUACAGGUAUUGACCAAGGAGGGUCAGUGGAUUAAGGCUCCACCAAUCGAGGGAACAUUUGUUGUCAACAUUGGUGACUAUAUGAUGCGUCUUUCGAAUGAUACGUACAAGUCCACAGUCCAUCGAGUUACCAAUGAGUCGCUUCUUGAACGUGUCUCGAUGCCUUUUUUCUUUGGGCUUAACUUCAACUGCGUCGAAAGCGUAAUACCGAGCUGUGUUUCGGAAACUAAUCCAGCCAAGUACGAGCCGAUCUCCUGUGGUGAUUGGUGUCAAUUACGAUUCAAGAUUGAACGAGAAUCUUUCGACGAAAAGAAAGCAGCCAUAGCUUCAAUAGCGCCAAGUGCUAUAGUAGUCCAAACUUAG